GGGGAGGUGAUUCAGGUCCUGGAGACUCUAGACUCCGGCCCUGCUGCCCCGCCUGGAGCCCAUCGCCCCACCGGGUGCCAGGGAGCAGUGAGUGGGCUAGCGUGGGGGGCUGGCCCGGAGCUCCUGGACCCCGUCUUCUUGGGACGGGUGAAGCGACGAGUUGAGAGGUCUGGGCAAGUUGAGGAGUGGCCCUGGGGACCUGCGGCGACCUCCCAGGACCCCUCCUGAAGUGGCCUCUUCCUGUCCCGCGGGCCGGCUGUGCUGGGAACGGAGACUUCCCGGCGACGCCCGACCGCCGCGACCCCUUUCCCUUCUGAGGUCGCAGCCCCUAGCUCACUCCCUCCCGCCUCUUCCCAGGCCGCGUGGGCCGCACGCAUGGAGGUGUCCGCGCUCCCGGAGGGCACGGCCAUGGCUUCUCCACCCCAGGACCCGGAGGAGGAGCCCGGGCGCGCUGGCCGCGAGCCAGGUGACCUCCGGGCCAAGCCACCUGUCAGGCCCAAGCCCCGGGCGUUGCCCGCCAAGCCCGCGCUGCCUGCCAAGCCCUCCCUGCUGGUGCCCGUGGGUCCUCGGCCACCCCGGGGCCCUCUGGCUGAGCUGCCCUCCGCCCGGAAAAUGAACAUGCUGGCUGGGCCCCAGCCCUAUGGGGGCAGCAAGCGGCCCCUGCCUUUUGCGCCAAGGCCUGUGGCUGAGGCCACCGCAACUGAAGUGGCCCAGGAGCCCCCUGGAAAGGGGGAACCGCUCCCCUCAACUCCGCCAACCCGCUGUGCAGCCCCAGGGGGUGUACGCAAGGCCCCUGCCCCAUUCCGCCCAGCCUCGGAGCGCUGCGCUGCCUCCACAGUGGAGGAGAUCCUCGCCAAGAUGGAGCAGCCCCGGAAGGAGGUCCCACCUAGCCCCGAGCGGCUCUGGGGCUCGCGCCUCUCCUUCAACCAGGAUGGCAGCUUGCGCUACGGCCCCAGGACUGCUCUCGCCAGGGGCUGGUCCCAGGAGGGACCCCCAGAGGCCCCAGCUCUGGCAGAGUGUCCAGAAGAGUGCAGCAAGACCCCCACGACAAGGGGCCCGUCCUCUGACCUGGCUGUCAACGGGGACCUGGCUCAGCUGGCCGCCUCCAAGCCACCAAAUGACGUUCUCACCAAGGCCUGGGCCUCCACCAGUCCAGGCUGCCCUGCGGACAUUGCUGGCCCAGCCCCGGGGUCUCCCCAGAAUGCCCCAGCUUCUGAGACUUCUCCCUAUCACCCUGGGACUCCGCCAUCCCCAGGCACUACCCGGUCUGCUGUUCCUGCUGCUGCUGAGGGCCUCUGCCAGCUACCCAGCCCCGGGCUCCCCUCUGAAGUAGCCACAGAGAUCCCAGGAGCCAGCAGCCUUCCGCUUGAGCUUGUCUCAGGGCACCCCAGUGCUGAAUGCCCGCAUGCCAGCCCACCAAGGCCUCUGAUUGAAGGGGCUGAAGUGCCAGAGCCCAAGAGGACGUUUCCAAGAGGGGAGGACAUGGCCCUCAUGGGUGACUCCAGCCUGUGUCCUGCCAGCCUGGCUCAACGCCGCUUCUCGGAAGGUGUCCUCCGGCCGCCCAGCCAGGCCCCGGAGAAGCUGGGGGGCUCACUGGCUGCCCUGCCCCAGGCUCAGGGGAGCCAGGCGGCCCUGGAUCGACCCUUGGGGAGUGGGACGGAGUCCAGCUGGAGCCUGUCACAGUCCUUCGAGUGGAGCUUCCCUGCCAGGCUCCCGGGUCCAGGCCUGCGGCUUCUGGACUCUCCACCGCCCUCUCCCAUCACUGAAGCCAGCGAGGCCAUGGAGGCUGCUGAAGCUAGCAGCUGCACUGUGUCCCUGCAAGGGGAGGCGGCCCAGGCCCCUCCUGGGGACACAGGGAGGCCUGUUUCCUGGGUGCAGGUGGAAGGCCCAGGGGUCCCCCCAUCCCCAGAGCUUAUGUCAGAUGCCCCAUCUCUGCUGCAGGCUGAGGAGGGGAUGCAGCCCCGGGAACCGCCCACUGGGCAGGAGGCUCCUCUCCCUGCGGUCACCAGAGAGGCUGCCCUGGCCCUGCUGGAGCCCGUUCAGGGCCAGCAGCAGCCAGCACCCUCCGACCAGCCCUGUGUGCUCUUUGCCAAUGGCCCGGGUCCUGAGCAGGCGUUGCCGGUGGAGGAGACAGUGACCCUGGCCCGGGCUGAGACUGCCCAGCCCACAGCUGAGGCCCAGGACUGGUGCCCGGUGUCUCCUGAGCCUGCAGGGCCUGGUGGCAGCUCUCUCUGGCUGGAUGAGCUCUUGGCAUCCCCACCACCACUGAAGGACAGGCCCUGCUCGAGUACCCACCCUGAGGGACUCCUUGGCUGGGCCCAGAAGGAUCUGCACAGUGAAUUCGGGAUCGAGGCGGACCCCUACCCUAGCACCGCAGGGCCUUCCAGCUGGUCCCAUGUUGCUUCUCAGGACUACAGCACUGGGGGUGCCAGCCCCGCAGGAGACCCGGACCUGGGGCACAGGGAAGGGAUCAGAAGGGAGUGGGCUGAAGUGGGCAGUACCCAUGCCCCAAGUGACGCCAGUGUCUCCAAACAGCUUGAGGCCCACGGCUUGGGGGUUGGAAAGCCAGCUCUACUCAGCAGCCAGAGCUGGGAGGCCAGUGCCCAGGACCAGGAAUUAGGGAAGAGGGAUUCCCGGGACACAUUCUCAAGUGUUCAUGUGGAGCUCCAGGACCAAGAAUUUGGGAAGAGGGAUUCCCAGGACACAUUCUCCAGCCGGGAUGCNGAGCUCCAGGACCAAGAAUUCGGGAAGAGGGACUCCUGGGAUACGUUCUCCAGCCGGGAUGCGGAGCUCCAGGACCAAGAAUUCGGGAAGAGGGAUUCCCGGGACACAGUCUCCAGCCGGGAUGCGGAGCUCCAGGACCAGGAGUUUGGGAAGCAGGAUUCACUGGAUAUGUAUGCCACCCGGGAACCCAGCCUUCGGGAUUGGGACUUAGGGGAGAGAGGCUGUCUGGGCACCCAUGUCCCCCAGGCCACCAAAGAGCACACUCGAGAGUUGGGGAAUGAGGAACCCCUUGGAUACAACAGCCAGGAUGCUGAGGAACAGGACCGGGAGUUUGAGAAAAGGGACUCCCAGUGUGGUGCCUUCGCCUGCCUGGCAGCAACACAGUGGAACCAGGGGCUCAGGCCAAGCACUUGGAUGCAAGAGUACAGUGACAGUGACCAUGAGCAGGACGGGGGCUGCAGUGUGCAGGCGACCCAGCAGCCCCGGGAGGAGGAGUUGAAGAAGACCCUGAGCGGCCAAGAUGCGGGUGCUGCAAGCCAGCUGGAGGAGCAGAGCUUCAGGGGGCUGUCGGGGGACCAGGGUGGUGGGCUAGGUGGCCACAUUAGCCAAGAGGUGGCAGGGCUCAUGGGUGCUGGGGACGGGGAUACCAGACAGCGAGGCUGGGCUGCGGAGUUGAGCUUGGGUGUCACACCGCAGUCGGAGGUGACUUUGAGCCCGGGGCUCCAGGACUGGAGAGAGGAUUUGAGCCCAGAGCCUGCGGCAAAGAGCUCUCAGUUCGGCAUCAUUGGUGAUGACCGAGGGGUCGGGGCUGGCCUGAGUGCACCCAGCAAGGUGGGAGGUGGCCACUUUGCGUCCCCCGGGGAGGAAGUGGCUGGCCGUGGGGACUGGGCUGACCAGCUGGGUCUCAGGAACUUGGACAUGUCAGCCUGCAGGGCCCCUGGGGACUUGGUUGAGGCCAGAGAGGUGGCUGUGGGACAGGUGGGCUGGCCAGAGCACCUGGGCAUGCAAGAUGGUGGCCUGGCCAGCUGCUUGGAGGUGCGUGGGCCAGGGGAGUGCGGUGGCGUUGGCAUUGGUGUUGGCGUGGGGGAGCAGGGUUGGACUGUGGACAGCAGGAUGCAGAGCAUGGCCGGGAUUGAGGAGACUACAGGUGGCAGCCUGGCCAGAGAGAGAGGCAUGGGGCAGAAGGGCUGGUCAGGUGCAGAGGCUGGCGAGUUCCUCAGAGCCAGGGAGUGUGGUGUGGGGCAGGCAGACUGGACCCCCAACCUAGGACUUGCGGAUGUGGCCCUCGGGCUGAGCUGUAGCCCUGGGGAGCCCAGAGAGAUGGCACUGGGCUGGGGUGAGGACCCGGGUCCAAGGGAUCUGGAGGUGCCCUGUGGCCUGGAGUCAGGGAGUGCCCGGGGCUGUGGUGUGGGCCAGGUGGACUGGGCCCAUGAUGAGGGGUUGCAGACUGAGAGGCCUCCUGGGACCUCCAGUGAAGCCAGAGAGUGGGGGGUUGGGGAGGCCGGGCCCAGCCCAGAGCCCAGCUUGGAGCUUGGCUCUAGGAGCCCUGGGAACUCCUCUCCUCUCCUGGAGGCCAGGGAGUUAGGGGUAGGAGAGAUCAGUGUUCCAGAGAGCCGGGGUGAGGAUGGCCCCAUGCCUUCCUCUGAGACAUACACCACGGACCCCGGGACAGAGAUGGAAGAAGCUGCCGGCUACGGAGCCAGGUGUCCAGCAGGCUCUCUGACAACUGGCACCUGGAACCCACCAGAGGGGCCGCUGGUGACUGGCAGUGACCAGGUGGUGGCGCGUAGAGAGUCGGCAGCCCUGGGGCCCAGGGUACUGUUGGAACAGGAAGGAGCUGCAGUAGGUGGGGACACCCUGCCCCCCCGGAGGCCCCAGCCAGAUGGUGAAGCCAGCCAUGUGGAGGAGGUGGAUGGCACCUGGGGCCUUGCAGGGCCUGGGCGCGGGGAGCAGGACCUGGCCCUGAUGCCACAGCGGCCGCCCCCAGGGCCGCCACGCAGCAGCCCCAGCCAGGACUUCUCUUUCAUCGAGGACACGGAAGUUCUAGAUAGCGCCAUGCACCGCAGCCGGGCCCACCUGGGCCGCAAGCGAGGGCAUCGGGCCCCAGCCAUCCGCCCUGGGGGGACCCUGGGGCUGGCAGAAGCUGCAGAUUCAGACAUGCGCCUUUUCCAGGACUCCUCAGAGCCACGGGUGUCCCGGGUGCCAUCCUCGGACGAGGAGGUCGUGGAGGAGCCGCAGAGCCGCCGGACCCGGAUGUCCUUGGGCACCAAGGGGCUGAAAGUCAACCUUUUUCCUGGUCUGAGCCCGUCAGCCCUGAAGGCUAAGCUGCGCUCUCGGAACCGCUCGGCUGAGGAGGUGGAGCCGGUGGAGGGCAAGGGGGGCCCGAAGGAGGCCGCCGUGCAGCGCUCCAAGUCCUGCAAGGUCCCGGGGCUGGGGAAGCCCCUCGCGUUACCCCCCAAGCCAGAGAAAUCCUCAGGAUCUGAAGGGUCUUCGCCCAACUGGCUGCAAGCCCUGAAGCUGAAGAAGAAGAAGGUCUGAGGGGCCGGCGAGGUCUCCCUCUGGCAGUCUCAGGCAGUGCCCGUUCCUGUGGGGUUCCUGAUGGAGGACGCGGCUGCCGCCUCUGUCUCCGGGACACAUUCAUGCACUUUCUGUCGCCUCCCCGACGCCGCUGCCCGUCUGGUCCUGUCUGCGCUGCAGGGCUGGAGGGUUUCGGCCCCUCAUUUCCCUCUGCUGCCGCCUCAGCCUCCCGUGGGUUUUCUUUUGAUACCAAUUUCUAGCGUUUUUAUAAAGGCCUUCAAUUUUUGUAAUGGGUGGGACUUCUCUGCCUUGCGAGGCACCCUGGAGCCCAAUGGCGUUUGCCACUUGAAACGUACAAUAAAGCGUUU